AUGGGCGUCUUAAAACAAGCAGUAGAUUUUGCUUCGGAUGCUGCCGGGCUUGAAAAAACUCUAAGGUUCAUCCAGGCUUGGUGUCAGAUCUUUGCCUUUUAUCCGUGGGUUUUGGGGGAAGUGUUGGGGGAGUGGGGGUGGAGGUUAGGGAUGGGGUUGGGGUUGGGGUUGGGGAUCGAUGAGAAUGGGAUUGGGAUUGGGAAUGAGGAGAAGGUUGGGGAGGCUGUGCAGGGGUUAUUGAGGACGAGGAGGGAGGUCGCUGUUGGCCGUCGCUACCUACGCUUUUUACGCUUCAUCGAUCAUUUCUCAAGAGCAUGGACUAGUUUCCAUUCUGAGAAGGGGGUUCGGAUGUUGAUUGGAGUAGGCAAAUCGGGGUUUAUGGGUUUAUAUUUGGGAUUGGAAAGUCUCACAAUCGUACGUACCAUACCCACACCCAUCCAUACCUUACUCCUCGCCUCAACAGGCACGAGACUUCGCGUCGAGAAGCGUAUAUUAGAUAUGAUGGGUAUAUACCACACGCCCUGGUCCGCAACCUGUACUCUCGAAGGACAUAAAUUCUGGUUCUAUUCGCUGUGCUUAUCAAUCCUGGGGGGUAUCUUCGAUCUAUUCGAAUUAUUCAAUCUUGACCACUCUAGCACCACACCCCCAUCAUCAAACUCAAAAUCAGCAAAAAACAAAACAAACCCAAACCCAAACACAGACCACCAAGAAAAAAAGAAACAACAACCCGAAAUUCAGAAACAGAAACAGCAGAAAACCCAAACACAAAUAAUUCUCAAAAUAAUCGAGAAUGCAGCAGAUCUAUUGAUUCCAGGAGCGGUCACGGGAUGGAUAAUAAGUGAUGCGGGAGUAGUGGGGGUGGCGACGGUGGUGAGUACGGUUUUGAGUUCAGGGGAGAUUUGGAGGAGGGUUGGGGAUGGAGAUGCAUAG